AUGGUGCGACGGCAGAGGUGGUGCGCAGUCGCUGUGCGAGUCGGGUCGGCAUCAAAGGACGGGACAACCUUCAAAAUCGAUGUGCCGGCGCCCCCUGAAGAUGCUACGGCAGAGCAGGGCGCGCAUGUUGCGCCGCAAAGCUUUGCGUUUGAAGUCCACGGCGACCAGCUGAUGCUACGCUCCGCGGACCGCGCGAACCGAAAGUUCAAGCAGCACUUUUUGAAAAACCUGUAA